UUGAAUGCCACCUGGUCCUCACUGUCAAAGAAGGAAUGCUUGAAAUAUGGAGGGGAGUUAAUGGGCAAAGACUGUGAUUUUGUGCCCGACAUCACCCUCAUGUCUUUCAUCCUUUUCUUUGGCACCUACACCUGCUCCAAUGUUUCUGAAGAAAUUCAAGAUGAGCCCAUUCUUUCCUACUAUUCCAACAAGCCCAAACCGUGGCUGGUUUGUGCCUCCAUUCGGUGGGAUCCCCUGGUGGGUGUACCUGGCAGCAGCUCUGCCUGUCCUUCUGGUCACCAUCCUGCUCUUCAUGGAUCAGCAGAUAACCGCUGUCAUUGUCAAUCGCAAGGAACACAAGCUUAAGGGAACAGAGAGUAACUGGUAUCUUUUUCUUCAUCCUCACCGAUCUUGGCUCUGGUUGCUGUGAGGAAGGCGUUGGACUUGAUCUUCUUCCAGCAUGACCUCAGUUUCCUGGAUGAUGUCAUACCUGAGAAGGACAAGAAAAAAAAAGGAAGAUGAGAAGAAAAAGAAGAAACAAGGGAGCAUAGACAAUGA